AGACUUCGUUUAGAUAUGAAGGCUGACAAAAAUCUAGGUUACAUUCUUGGCACAAACACCGUUACGAUUCCUAUCGAGUUGAUAUAAAAAGUACAUGGUUAUCUGGAGGUGUCAAGAGCCAACUCUACUGCGAGCCAUGUACACUGAAUUUAUUCUUUUGGGAAUUCUCCCUUUUGUGCCCUGUUCUGGACUCUCUUCGGGACUUGCUUCAGCGGUUACGACUCCGGUUUAUUUGACCACUUCCUCUUCACAAGCACAGAGUAGUUCUAUUUUAGUAAUUCCCACCACUAGAGUCCUAGCCCGCAACUCUUCAUCAGUCGUUUUGUCAGUUUUAAGCUCGCACUCAACUGUAUUAAAUAGUCCGACGACUUCCACUCAUACUUCCCGAACUGCAUCCACUACUUCGGUAGUAUUUACAACACCGAUAGUUCCUCAAUUUCAUCUUCAACUGCGAGUCCGCCUUUAGUUGCAAGGGAUAAUGGCGACAGCGACGCUGCCCUUCUUGCUGCCAGUAAGUUCCAUGAUCCAUGCCUAUUCCUGAUUUUCCUCUCUUCUUAUUACCAUAUAGAUAAACUGACGCAGCUGCAACACAGUAGAUUCCUGGGCAUCCGCAUUCAAUAACACAGACUAUCUUCCCCUAGCAGAUACAAUUAAUCAAGCAAUAGUAUUAGCCAGCAUUGCUGAUAGUUGCGACUCAAAUGGAACUACGACAGACCCUCCUCCAACGGAUCCUAAUACUUCCCCUACGGUUCCCAAUCCUCCGCCUAAGAAAAAACGUAAUCCAUGGCAAGGAUUUGUAAGUUUCAUUCAGUUCUAUGAAUUCACGUGAUGAGCAAGAGUGCCACAAAUACAUUGAAUAAAUCUAACUUGCAAUUAUCCAGCUUGACUGGCUCAAACGACAAGGUAUACAUGUAGAGCCGGAUGGAGAUAAUGGUAUACGUAUUAUCAUUGAUCGGCCAUUAUGAUAAAAGACUAGGGCUGAUAUUGAGGCUUCAUUGAGUGUCUCAAUUGAAGGGAAGUGCAAAUGUAGAAGGCGGCAGUAA